UGAAAAAGAUGCACUGAAUGUUCAUGUGCGAUGUAUUAGCAAUGCAGUUUGCAUUUGAUAAGUUGCUGCCCUUCGUUAAAGUUCUAGUAAAAAAAUUUGUAGAAGAGACUCAAAAGAUGUUAGUCAAGAUUAUUUUUGCCAGCGUUUUCAUAUUGGGAUGGACAUGUGCCAAUCCCAUCAGUUCUGAGGAAAGUGCAGAGACCUCAAAUCCGCAGCUUGAUUUGCUUCAGAUGCAGCUUCAACUACAGCUAACGUUACAGAAAUUCCAGCGGAGCUGCGUCAAUACAACGGGAUCGGAUGCCGGGUACUGGAAAUUCGUGUCUUCCCUCGAAGAUUUCCAGACGUGUGUCGUCAGCAAGUUUGACGUGGCUGAACUCUCGACGGUCAUGCAGUCGCUAAGUCCCGAAUCUCGCCUUGAAAAGAUGAAAAAAUUGUGUCCAGCGUUGAAUGCAACCGUUCCAUGUUUUGAUGGCAUUCUUGAAGGUAUUGUCAUGUGUACCGGGGAAAGUGACAUUGCGACCGCCAAGAACUUGAUGUACGACGUCAUCUACGGAGUGCUAAAAGUGAUGUGUGAAAACGAGGCAGUUUUUAUGGAAGAGAUGAUUAAGCCGGAGUUCAGUAUAUGCGCAAAUCGGGUAGCGGAACAAAGCGAAGACUGCACGGUUGCCAGUUUGACUCAGCCGGGAAUAAAGCUCAACUUGGACGAAAAACAGUGUCAGGACUACGUGUGGAGUAUGAAGUGUUUCGAAAACAAAAUCAACGACUGUGGUUCUGCAGCUCUUGGGAAGUUCAUUAACGCUUUUAUGGAACCCAUCUUGAAAAUCAACAACUGCAAUGUCAACACAGAGGCCGAAGGAGCCAUCAACGAUAAUGAGAUUAAAACAUCUCCCCAAACAGCUGUCAGUAAGGCAGAAUAAACGGUUGCCAGCUUAUCGGUGAAAUGUUUACAUUUUAGGAGUAAUUGAAAAAAAAACUCGAUGGACAUGGGUAGAAUUCUAAAGCCAGAAGCUUUAAUCAUUGAAAGCAUCAAAUAGAGCUUGAUGUAUAAAUAAA